GAUAGUGUGUAAAUGAACGGACAUGACAGCAAGCAGACAAUAGGUGGGAAGAUUGCUGAUAUGAGUGGACAAGCAACUGGUAGUGUUAGUCAUCUUGGCAUUAUGCGUGCCGCCAUCGUAUUCUGUUGAUGUGGAGUGCAUUGGAAGCAAGGGAGAACCGGGUGUUCCCGGAGUUCCUGGUCCUCCAGGAAGACAGGGACCAGUAGGAAAACAAGGAGCAGUAGGAAUUUCUGGCGGCACCGGCUUGAAGAUAAAUGAUUGCCAUUUAUGUGACUGGCUUGUCAAUUAUUCAUUGUUUGUAAUUUCUUUUUAAGGUGAGGUAGGAGCUGAAGGUGCCGUUGGUCCACCAUGUAAACAGGGAGUGCAAGGUGUGAUGGGUCGUGCGGGUGCACCCGGACCUCAAGGUCCUCCAGGCAAAAGUGGAAUGAUGGGUCCACCGGGAGCCAGAGGUCCUCCAGGACAAACAGGAGGACGUGGACAGAAGGGAGAACGAGGAGUGGAGGGUCCAAGAGGUUUGGCUGGAUUAGAUGGCAUUCCGGUAUUGUUAUGUCAAUUUAAUGUAUAUCUUGUUGAUGGACUGUGUGUGUUGCUUGUACAGGGUGCUGCAGGUCCCAUCGGACCCGUAGGAUCACGUGGACCAUUAGGAGUGAAGGGUGAUCGUGGAUUACCCGGAGCAAAGGGAGAAGCCGGACCACAAGGUCGUCCAGGUCCAGAGAUGAGUGAAGAUGUGUUGAAACACUAUUUUUCUCCAGUCAAGGGACUGGCAGAGAGGAUGAAAGAACUGGAGGAUUGGAAAGAAGAGUUGCAGUGGACAAAGAAUGAGAGUAGAAUGAAUGAGAGUAGAGUGGCUGUUGCAGCACAUCUUGUAGGAUCAUCAUACAGAUGGUAUACUAUAUCAGGUGUGAUAACCUACUGGCAAACAAGCAGUCCAUCAUUCUUACUGGGUGCCAUCACGUACAGCAAUGGAGCUCUUACAAUUCCAUUUGAUGGUGUUUACUAUGUUUAUACACAUCUCUUCUUACAAGCCAAAACUACCAUUAUCACGGUGAAUCCAAAUCCAAGCACGCUGGUCUACUUCAGCAGCUGAAAAAAGGUGAUAGCGUUGACAUAUAUGGUGGAGGAUAUCAACACUACAUGGGCUCUACUUAUUCAGAUUUUGGUAUUUUUAAGAUCAACUAGAAGCAUGUUGUUGAGAAUGAGAAUGUCAAUUAAUUUAGUGAUAAGUGUGAGUGUCAAAUGACUCUCCAUGUGAUCAUGUUUAAUAGUAAUUGUAGUUGUGACUGUGUAUGUUGGACUGUAGUGUGACCAUUCAACCCUAAUUUUUGUUUGUUUCAUUUCUGUUUAGUUCCAUUUCUAUAUUAUUAGCAAUAAAUGUUCAUUGAAUCCUA